GCAAAAUAAACGCUGCACUUGUUUGCCAGCAUAGCUUUAAAAUGAGUCAUGCAGAGGCGGGGUAUAGGAAGCUUAAAGCUCAACCAUUUGAUUAUCCUAUUGCCAAAUGUUAUCCUUCACUCAGAUGGUGUGGAGCUUGCUUUCGUAUUGUGAGGACUCUGUACUCUUUUAAUUAACUUCAAAUUUAUGCAGUACUGACAGUACCCAUGACAAAUGGGCCCCACUGGGGUGAUCUCCAGUCAAGGCAUGUCCUGGUGGCUCCCUCUAAAGACUUUUAUUUUCCUGACAAUUCUUCUGGUGAGUAAGCCAUAGUGUGACUAUUGUGAUUCUUGAGUGCUUCAAAAGUGUUACAUUUAUAGUAUAAAUAUGACAAAGUAUUCAAAGUAUUGAACGUUUUUUUUCUCUCUUUAUUUUUGUGUGCUGAAUACCUUUAGAGUUUAGGAACCACAAUUCCCACUAAUGUGCAUUUGUAUACUUUGUGUCAUUCAAUUACAGUUAUUACAGGGCUACUAAUGGUAGGACAGGACUACCAAUUAUUUCACUUUAUUUUUUGCAUGUUAGUAAAUUUACUGUCGCUAGAAUCCAGCGUUAUAAAUUUCUAAACUCUGUUAACCUAAUUAAAACUUUGUGAAUUUGGAAAGUUAAAAAUGCUAAGACAUGAAUUUACCUUAACAGCUUGGAGAAUGAUGAUAUGUUUAGGAGUCAGACACAUUCAUCUGAAUUCAAUGUGUUACAUAUGGGGGAUAUUUAUCAAGAUAUUGGUAGUAUUUUCCUUAUUUAGCCAACUGUAGAACCUGUUAAAAAGCGUGAAUCCUCUAGCUAUAUUGGCAGCAGGUCCAAUUCAACCAAUUAAUUUUUCUUAGUUUGAUAAAAUGAGCAUGAUUAAUCUUAAUGAAAUAUAAAGAAAAGGAAACCUGUCAGAGAGAAGGUGUCAGGUCACUCUAAGGUUAGGGGGGAUAACCCCCAGUAUGAAUAAACCACAGUAUAGAAAAGAAAAACAAAAGGGUAAACAGUUUAGUAGGUGAGCCCCUUUGUAAAGCGAGUAACCCAAAUAAAACGUAACUUUUAAUAAGUAUUGUAUAAAAUAUACGUGAAAAAACUAAGUCAAAUAUAUAAAAGUUGUCAGCAGAAUAAAUAUAACUUCUGCCUAUAUAAGAAGAAAUAAAUUCCCCCCAAAAUGCAUAAAACACUUAGAGUAAGAAUAUAUAGAGUGUCUCCCCUGGAAGAGCCUUAACAGCGAAACGCGUGUCGGGACGUUACUUUGCAUGGUGUUGGUUCAGUUGAUAAGGGGACAUGCCUUGACACCAUUAGAUUAUACCACCCAUGCAAGAUUUUUUUUACUUUUUAUUUCACUAUUUCUUAAUUCAUUUCUUUAGUUGUUUUGCUUUGGUUUCUCUUGUUUGACGCACUGCAUUUAUUUAACUUGGAGAAGGGGAGGGGGCAACCAGCACCUUUUUAACCCCUUAAGGACACAUGACAUGUGUGACAUGUCAUGAUUCCCUUUUAUUCCAGAAGUUUGGUCCUUAAGGGGUGCCCUCGAAGGCACAGCAGAGUAGGGAAGAUAGCCUUUCCAAUUUAUAAUUUUCUCUCCUUGAUAAUUAUCACGAUCUCUGGCAGGACCAAUAGUUUUGCUACAAUUAAUGUUAUCUUCCCCUUCUGGGUUAAUAGACUGGCAACAUAUGUGACUCCCAGCAUGUAGUUACACUUGUUGCUAAUCUUGUAUUAACUCAUUGCAGUACUCAUCAAAGCUUCUAAUUACCACUGAUUGAACAGUGAGAUAUUAUUGGACUUAUUUUCAAACUCUUUUUUUUAAAAUGUUAUUAUUUCCUACUUUAAUUGUCAUUUAUUUUUCUAUCUAUUUAUUUUGAAUAUUUAUUUAAACAGUAUUACUUAGACACUCUAUAUAUUCUUACUCUGUGUUUUAUGCAUUUUUGGGGGAAUUUAUUUCUUCUUAUAUAGGCAGAAGUUAUAUUUAUUCUGCUAACAACUUUUAUAUAUUUGACUUAGUUUUUUCACGUAUAUUUUAUACAAUACUUAUUAAAGUUACGUUUUAUUUGGGUUACUCGCUUUACAAGGGGGCUCACCUACUAAACGGUUUACCCUUUUGUUUUUCUUUUUUAUACUGUGGUUGAUUAAUCUUAAUAUUACAUAUUUACCCAUGAUACACGAAAAUGAGAUAUCAUUUCAAAGUAUCCCUCCUUUAAAAUAUUAUCAGCUGCAGGUCUGGGUAAGUGCUAAAUCCAAAGAGGAAUAGACAAGUUUUAUCUCCGUUUGGCAAAGAUCAGCUAGAGCUUCAAGAAGUCCUUUCAGUGCUUCAGAUGGCAGCAGACUCAUGGUGUACAGAGCAGCACAAACAGACUUAUUCACUAAAUAAAGAAUUGUCAGGAAUAGCAAAUUAAAGGCCAAAGUAGCCAAACUAGAAGCAUCGUUGAUUUGGAGAAUGUUUCCAGUUUGACUACCCUGGCCUUAAAUUUGAAAUUAACUUUAAAUUCCUGACCAUUCUCACUAUAGCAAUUAACCAUAAAAGUUACCUCAUUAUCAGGAAACAUUUUAGUGAUGAGGCAUGAGUAGUAAGAAAAAACAACAACUUAAUUCUGACAUACAGAAACUGUUUCCUGGUAUGAACCUAAUACAAUUAACAAUCUAUGAGUAAUUCUUUGGUUAUAAUUACAUAACAUGGGCAAAACAACACUAAGCAGUGCAUUGCCGUGAAUUGAAAUCUAAUGGGCAACAUUUAGGCCGACAUAAAAGCUGUGAGUAACUAUAUAGCUGAAUUGGAGUUUUGUGACAAUUCAAGUGUUUAGCCAAAUUUUACUUUUCUUAUUAGAACUCACUGCAAUUUGGAGUUUAUUGAAUACACCCAACAUAUUUCGCAUAGAUAUUUCCUUAACCAUUUGUCACUCACAACAAGUAGCUUUAUUAGUAAAACGAUAUCACAUUUGGUCACUGUGGUUUGUUGUCAUGUCAAUUAGUAUGCAUGAAUGGGAUGGAGCACGGGAGAGAGAAAGUUAGCAAGAGAGAGGAGGAAUGCAAAAUGGUGUACACACGCACGUUGCAUUUAUUAACUCCAAAUAUAUAAGCCACAGAUACAAUGUAAAAUGGGAACACCAAACGAUCUGACAACGGUGUUUUUUAAAAAAAAAAAAAAAAAAAAAACAUUUAUUGCUGCUGGUGUAAAUUAAAUCGACAGCAUGCAUCUAAACUGUUUCUUUUCUUAGAUGCAAUAAUAUAUAUAUAUAUAUAUCUACAAAAAAAAUGGUUAUGCGUCACCUGCAUGUCUCUUGUUGGAUUGUGAGAGUCCUCCUCAUGCAUUGAAACAGCAAGCUUCCACAAUGAUCCCAGAGUUCCCAGCUUGACAUGCAAAUUAGCACAGACAUGCAUUUCUACAGGUAAAUUCCAACUUGAGAAGUUAAAAACUUUAUAAGCAUGCAUUAAGUAGAAAUAAAAAGGUAAAUGUACGUACAUUUUUUUUUUUUUUUUAAAACACCCUCCUUUCAAGCAGAACCCAUAGGGACCACCACCUCCGUCCACUCUCCCCCACCCCCCCACCCCACCAAUCUAGAAGACCCACGAUGAUAUCACUCGUGCCUAAAACUAAUCCUCCUCUCGCUACUCCUUCGCUAGUUUCCUUUCUCUCUCUCUCUCCUCUCUAUAGGAGUCCUCACACCCAGCCCUAAGCUGGAACUUCCUUAAAACUACUGGGGUCCACACAGUCGGACACACCACAGAGUACCAAAGGCACAUAAAGAUGAUGCUACCGCAGUCUUUAGAGACCUUAUAUGUACGGAAAGACAUACGAGAUAAGGGGCCAGCAACCGACAAACUAAAAGUCUAACGGGGCACGGACUAAGCUAGCUAGCGGCCCACAGAAGGCAAUGAACAUGCACAUACAAUUGCAUAACUGUAUAAUAAUGUAACGUUAAUAUAAAGAAUGCACGCAAUCAAUGUAACAAAACAAAGUGCUGAUACACUGUUCGAUUGUACUAACUAAUGUGUCUUGUGCCUGUCUGGAUUUCCGGAAUAAAAAGAAAUAAAGAAUUAAAAAAAAAAAAAAAACACCUCCUUUCUAAAAAAAUAUUCUGCAGUUGCGCGAAAACUGGUGGGCGGUAAGGACAUUUUUUCAACCAAAAAGAUGCAUUAGUGGACAGUAGGUCGAAAAAGGUUGACUACCACUGCUCUAGUGGACCCGAGACACCAAGAGCUCACAUUAUACGGUUAUGACUCCUACCAUGCCUGGGUGCCUGGGAGAGGCGGCAGAUCUCCCAACACAGACCGUGAUGCACGCAACUCUCCUCCUGCAGCCUGCGACACCCCCACCCCCCCUUUGGACCGGUGGGGGUUAUCCCAGUCCCUGCUGGGGAAACUUACUUCUCUGCAACAACAGAGUUCUCCGCUGACUGAAAGAUUGCAUGGCGCGGACAAGAUGGGCGCCGCAUUGCAGCACUCGCAGCAUCAGGAAGCAGAAUUCCGCAAGCUUGGAGUGGAGAGAGCACUUUGCAGCCCGUUUUGACAGGCUCUGUCAGAAGUUCUGGGAGCGUAUAUAUGCCAGACCUCAACCCACUAUUCAGCCUGAAACCCGAGCUGCGGUGUCAGAUCACCAAUCCCACUCCAGGAGGAAGGCCUGACACAAUAAGCUUCUCAACCUCUGGUGAUCCCCCGGGCUUGAAAUCCUGCGGAGGGGCAAAGGAAUAUCCCUGGACAAGCAAAGUGGGCUCCCCUUUUGGCCCAGGCUUUGGGAGGUGUGGAAUCAUGGCGCAGCGACUUACCCAGGCACGUUUUAGCCGCGAGGCAAACAAGGCUUUCUCCCUGGGGGUCCAGUGGCUGCUGGGCAGGCGGCAUUGGCGGGCGACUGGCGAGGGAGCACUUCCUCUGAGCUGUCUGCUCAGCUCCCUCGUGCGCUGCAGAGUGAGGCUCUCUGAGGCGCGCGAGGGAGCUGAGCAGAGUGCUGAGGGGAAGUGCUUCAUCGCCAGCCGCCCGCCAACGCCGCCCGCCCAGCGGCCACUAGACCCCCAGGGAGAAAGAGAACCCCCCACCCCCAGCACUCCCAAAGGUAAGGAGGCUGGGGGUUAAAAAAAAUAAAUGUGUUAAUGUGAGUGAGUGUGUGUAUGUCAGUGUGUGUGUGUGUGUGUGUCAGUGAGAGUGUGUGAUUCUGACUGUUAGUGUGAGUGUGUUUGCCUGUGUGUGUGUGUGUGUGUGUCUGCUAGUGUGUGUGUCUGUUAGUGAGUGUGUGUUUCAGUGAGUGUGUGUGUGUGGCUGUCUGCUAGUGAGUGAGUGUGUGAAUCUCUGACGGCAGGAUCCUGCUUAUUCACAGACAAGCCAGUCUGUAUCUCUUUUUAAGUACCCAGUGGCACUAUAAUGUCAAUCUUAUACCAUGUUUACACUCCUGCACAAUUAUGGUUUGCAUUUUGAAUUUCUAGACAUUCUUUUUUUUUUAUCAUAUACUCCCCUAGACAUGUUUAAUUAGCUUGUUCUUUGACACAGAACCUUCAAAACAAAAAAUAUACAGUAAUCCAGACAUGUAUUAUAACCUUCAUGUUCCCCCUUUCUAAUGCUACCAUGUACAAUGUCCUUGAUUUUCUGUACCAAUUACCAUGCACUACAAAAAUAAAGAAUUUAAAAAAUACAAAAUGAGACAAUUACAAAAUGUUACAGGAACAAUAGGUUGAUGCGGACCCUGCUUAAAUGAUCUUACAAUCUAGGGGACGAGUAUAAAACACAAAAGAAAGGGUGCAUAGUAACCAAGAGUCAGGUUUGUGAAUUAGAAGUUACACCGUGACAUUAGUCACCUGACCAUUCCCUCUCACUACAAACAUUGUAUGCACAUAUCACCUAAGGAGUGAUACUAUGCCACAAAUAUUCAUUUCUAUUAAGGUUUUGUUUAGUGGGUGGAACUGUCUGGGAAAUGAUGUCACGGUGUUGUCACACAGACACUUUCUCACGUCAACCUCACUGUCCAUGAUCUUUGUGUAUAUACUCAUGGAGACUGAAACGCUGACCUUGACAUUUACACAUGUAAGCUGACUAAAAGCAGCAAUGUUACUUUAUUACCAAUCCCCUAAGUAUGACUUUCACUCAAAAGGUUUAAAUUAUACAGUAACAUUGACAAGCAGUGCCGGACAAAGGAAGAAAAAUGCAGAUGUACAGGAUGUAGGGGAAAUAACAAUAGGGUGAAAGCAUGAAACCUAAAUUAGAAAAUGCUCUCUUUUAGAAAAACAAUCCCUGGCAAAGACUCAUAUUCCUCAAUCCAUGCUUCCUAGCUCAGCAUUUAGUUUUGUUACAUUUCACCGACUUCUACAAUCCUAAAUCCAGGGCUAAAUAAGGGUCUCAUGAGCUGAAUGUUUUUUAUGGGCCUAGUUACAUGAGUAUGAUAAAGGAAUAUUCCAAGCACCAUAACCACUACAGUGCACUAUAGUUGUUAUGGGGCCAGCAGUGAUCUGGCUCCCUCCAUUAUAAGUAGUCUGAUGGUAGUUCGAACGAUUUGACUACUUACGUGAGAUCUGCCAGUUGCAGCUCCUUGACUCCACUAUAUCAGCCAGAGAGCCAGAAGCUCUUGCCUAGUAGAUUUGUUAUCUCUCUUCAGCUAAGCCAUGCCAGUGCAGAGUUAACUCAUUAGCUGAGAGUGUCUGUCUCAGGUAGUGGAGGCAGUGCAGGCCCAAGGUAAGCAGUUAAGCCAUUCUAAAAUGGUUUGACUAAUUACAAUGGAGUGUGCCAGGACAUUCCUAGCACCAUAUCCACCACAAUAUGCUCUAUAGGUUAUGGUUCUUGGAACAUUCCUGUACCUGUCAGUUUCAGACAUAUCUAAAACUAUACCCAAGUUCCCAUGUAAAUGUUCAUUUGCGGACGUAGGUAAACCCAUACUUUCAUUCAGAUAUCCACGCAAGAUAGAUCAAUGCUAUAUAAAAGUCUUUAUCGCAGUAUACCCUGCACAUUACUGGGAGCUCUGUAAUAUCCCAGUACUCACUGCACAUUACUAGGGCCUCUGUAUUAUCCCAGUACUGGGCUGUAGAAUACAAAACUGCUUCUUUUGCCAUUCUCUACUAUAAGAUUUGCCAUUGUCUAACUACAGGGAGUGCAGAAUUAUUAGGCAAAUGAGUAUUUUGACCACAUCAUCCUCUUUAUGCAUGUUGUCUUACUCCAAGCUGUAUAGGCUCGAAAGCCUACUACCAAUUAAGCAUAUUAGGUGAUGUGCAUCUCUGUAAUGAGAAGGGGUGUGGUCUAAUGACAUCAACACCCUAUAUCAGGUGUGCAUAAUUAUUAGGCAACUUCCUUUCCUUUGGCAAAAUGGGUCAAAAGAAGGACUUGACAGGCUCAGAAAAGUCAAAAAUAGUGAGAUAUCUUGCAGAGGGAUGCAGCACUCUUAAAAUUGCAAAGCUUCUGAAGCGUGAUCAUCGAACAAUCAAGCGUUUCAUUCAAAAUAGUCAACAGGGUCGCAAGAAGCGUGUGGAAAAACCAAAGCGCAAAAUAACUGCCCAUGAACUGAGAAAAGUCAAGCGUGCAGCUGCCACGAUGCCACUUGCCACCAGUUUGGCCAUAUUUCAGAGCUGCAACAUCACUGGAGUGCCCAAAAGCACAAGGUGUGCAAUACUCAGAGACAUGGCCAAGGUAAGAAAGGCUGAAAGACGACCACCACUGAACAAGACACACAAGCUGAAACGUCAAGACUGGGCCAAGAAAUAUCUCAAGACUGAUUUUUCUAAGGUUUUAUGGACUGAUGAAAUGAGUGAGUCUUGAUGGGCCAGAUGGAUGGGCCCGUGGCUGGAUUGGUAAAGGGCAGAGAGCUCCAGUCCGACUCAGGCGCCAGCAAGGUGGAGGUGGAGUACUGGUUUGGGCUGGUAUCAUCAAAGAUGAGCUUGUGGGGCCUUUUCGGGUUGAGGAUGGAGUCAAGCUCAACUCCCAGUCCUACUGCCAGUUCCUGGAAGACACCUUCUUCAAGCAGUGGUACAGGAAGAAGUCUGCAUCCUUCAAGAAAAACAUGAUUUUCAUGCAGGACAAUGCUCCAUCACACGCGUCCAAGUACUCCACAGCGUGGCUGGCAAGAAAGGGUAUAAAAGAAGAAAAUCUAAUGACAUGGCCUCCUUGUUCACCUGAUCUGAACCCCAUUGAGAACCUGUGGUCCAUCAUCAAAUGUGGGAUUUACAAGGAGGGAAAACAGUACACCUCUCUGAACAGUGUCUGGGAGGCUGUGGUUGCUGCUGCACGCAAUGUUGAUGGUGAACAGAUCAAAACACUGACAGAAUCCAUGGAUGGCAGGCUUUUGAGUGUCCUUGCAAAGAAAGGUGGCUAUAUUGGUCACUGAUUUGUUUUUGUUUUGUUUUUGAAUGUCAGAAAUGUGUAUUUGUGAAUGUUGAGAUGUUAUAUUGGUUUCACUGGUAAUAAUAAAUAAUUGAAAUGGGUAUAUAUUUGUUUUUUGUUAAGUUGCCUAAUAAUUAUGCACAGUAAUAGUCACCUGCACACACAGAUAUCCCCCUAACAUAGCUAUAACUAAAAACAAACUAAAACUACUUCCAAAAAUAUUCAGCUUUGAUAUUAAUGAGUUUUUUGGGUUCAUUGAGAACAUGGUUGUUGUUCAAUAAUAAAAUUAAUCCUCAAAAAUACAACUUGCCUAAUAAUUCUGCACUCCCUGUAUAAGAUAAGGCCAGGGACUAAUGAAAGUAUUUAGAAAACUGGGCAGACUAGAUGGGCUGAAUGGUUAUCUGCUGUCACAUUCUAUGUUUCUACUACUUAAAAUAAAAAAAAAUAUACGAGGAGGAAUUUCAAAAGUAUAUGAAAAUGCUGCACAUACCAUGAACUUGUAGGACCUUUCAGGACUAAGUAUGCUUGUCAUGGUACACACAUAUUGGUCUUAAAGUGACACUGUAGACAUUGUCACCGCUUCAUUUCAUUGAAGUAGUUAUAUUGUCUAGAGUCCCCUGGUAUUGUCCUUCUGUUCAGUGUUAAUCCAUUUGUAAUGUUUUAAUGAUGAACAAGAGUCCCCAGCAGGUGGUAUUUUUCUUUGAUGGGACAAUGGUUAGAGAAAUUGAGCAGGAAUAUUCACCUCUAUUAUACAUGGCAUGUGCAUGGUAUAGUAGACACACACUGACACACUCACAGUAUAAAAUACACUGACACACUCAAACACAGCAAGUACAUUCUGUUAUACACACUUAGACAAAGUAUACAUACAAUCACACGUGCACUCAGACAACAAUAUUCACACACUGUCAUACAUACAUUUAGAGAACAACACAAUGCUAUACUCACACUCAUUCAGACAGUAUAGACAUACAAUGCUACACAUAUAAAAUGCAACAUGCACAGUUAGACAAAGUACACACGUUGUUAGAAAAUUUUUCCCUUUCCACGUUUUUCUCUUGUGUAACUCCGAGACGUUACAUAAAAUUAAUUGACGAUGUGUCCUGUAACAUUGUGCAUAUAUAAUUAAUUAUUCAGAUUAGCAUAGCUGGUAUUUUUUUUUUUUUUUCUCAAAAAGGUGGCAACCCUAUGCUUAGAAUUAUGAGGAAGCAUUAGCCUGAACAUUAAUGGGCAGCUGUUAUUGGCUGGGAGUGUCAGCUGAUUGGUUUCAGCCCAUCACAGCAUCUGUUGCUGGUAUGAAUUGGUAUGGCAAGGCUGUGGGAAGUCAUGAAACCUUAUUUAGUGUCAAACUGAAAAAUGCCUUUAAAACUGAAUAGAAGGAAAGUACCAGGAGACUUCAUGCACUCUAACCAAAUCAAUGAGAUUAAAUGGUUAUAGUGCCUAUAGUGUCCCUUUUAUGCAAAAGAGCAUUAAAUGUCAUCUCUACAUUGUGCUGGCAAAUAGCAAAAUGCUAGAAAAUCUAUAGAUUUUCAUUUAAGGCUCUUUAAUGUUUGAGGCCCUCCCAACCUGUCAAUUAUCUCCGGCAUUGUGUAUUAGUGGGACGCAGAGUCUAAUGCAGAGGACUAAAUAAUAGGAGUAGCAGGAGAACCCGCCCCCAGGCAGUUUUCUUAUUACCUAUCACAGUGUUACUCAGUGAGAAGCUCCUGCUGGGGUAAUAUGGAAAGUACUGAUGGAUAUGUACUAACAAUUAAGUCAGCAUAUCAGUAUGGGGGGGAUGUUCCUGUUUGACAAAAUAUCCCAGGCAGAACUAAUAACAGCAGGCUGAGGGAAGCAACGGGUAUCACAGCACUCGAACACAGUGGUUCCCAAACCAGUCCUCAUGGCUCACCAACAGACCAGGUUUUGUCAUUGGAAUAAAAAAAGGGAAAUACAUAAAUCCUGGAUUAUUGGUGGGCCAUGCGCACUGCUUUGGGAACUACUGCCAAUACACACAGGACGUAUUCGAAUGGCAGCAACUAAGUGACUUUCUACAGGUAAGUAAUGUUAUACUGCUCCCAACUAAACAUAUACUUUUAUAUUUAUGAUAAAUUAUAUAUUUAGUGCUUUGGGAACAGUUAUAGCAUUAGGUAAGUCUGGAGUGUCGGGUUCGCUUUAGGCCACUGUAGCGUGUUUAAUAACCUUAGGGUUGUAUCGUAUAGGUUCAGUGCUUUUACCAAGAACAACCGGAGGGAUGGGAAUGGCUGAGAAAUGACAGCCAUUUCUUGAUUCUUUCACAUGCUGCCAAUUUUCAACAAAUUUUAUAUUUAAAAAAAUAAAUGAAUCUAUCGGGUUUUUUUUUUUUUUAUACAUUACAGCCGCGGCUUCGUAACAACUAAGGUUAGGUCAUUUGAACAAGUAUCAGUAAAGUUCAGGCCAUGUGUGCCGGAGGGGGGGGGGUGGUGGGGGAAUUGACACAAGCACAAAACUCUAGAUUUCUUUGUAUGCACAGCGUUUCAAGCUGAAAUACUGCAUAUUCAGGCUUCUACAACCAUGACAACUUCUAAUAGCAGAAGUGGUCAUGGUGGUUGGAUUAAUCCUGUAAGAAAGGCAGAUGAAUAUUAAUAGAAAAAAAAUCCUAAAUACAGAGCACAUCAGCAAGUAUUACAACAUAUCUUGUUUUAUUUUACUACUCCAAAAUUACUCAGAAAUGAGGGGAAAAAAGGUAGGCGGUGGAAGAAGGCCAAGUGGGUGAAAGCAACAAAAGAUCCACUAAGGGGUCCACAGUAAGGGGACUAUACAGCUGAAUACUCAAAAAACUACUGUGAGUAGAAAAGAGCUUGCAGGUAGAAAGCAAAAACCAUUUACAGAAAGUCCUACAUGUAGAGAGAAGUAACAAUGUACAUGAUAUCAGCGGCCUGCAGUGUCAGAACAGCACACAUGUUGUGAGAUAUAAUAUCAGCAGUCAGCAGGCCUUACUGUAACUUGCUUACUUGUAACAUGUAACAUGUUCUCUUGCUGUCAUGCAGAAGAGUAUAAGAUCAAAACCCAGGCUGGUGGCGUUAGAAAAAUUAUUGGUGCAAAAUUCUGACAUUAAAGAGAUUUCUAUUUUCUGCUAGACAAUAGGAGCACUUUAUGAUCUGUCAUUCAGUGCCAUUCCUCACAACAUGACCAAAGAAGGACAAAUUAAUCGCACAGGGUGUGGUGGUGGUGGUGGAGGGAGGGUAUGGAGAUAUUACAGAAAAUGUGAGGUGACUUUAUGACGAAUAUUUUAAAUAUCUGACAUAAAACACAUGACUAACAUCAAUCAUUGGAGGUAUGCAGCACUGCUAGCCUUUAAUAACGAGUUUUUCCCUUUAAAAUAACAUUUCAGGCUGGAAUAAACCCCAAUUUUUUGACAUAAUGCUUUAAAAAAUAUAUAUAAUACAAUUAAUAUACAAUAAAUUAAUCAAUUAAAUUAACAUAAAUGAAAGCAACAUUCAGGGGUUGCUGACUUACAAUAUAUAUUUACAUUCUGUGUCCUUGUGUUCUCGUAUUAUCCAAGUGACAAACAAACUUUUAAGGACAUUAUUCUUUACUGGUUUCUCCAGUUAUCCUUAUGGAAUACCUGAAAUUGUUAUCAGGAUGUGUACUCUUACAGCGUGUUUGUUGACACUAGCAGAUCCCACUACAUAAAGCAAUAACAACCAAUAGUGAAAUAUAUAUUAAUCAGUAUUGUGUUCAGAAUGUUUUUGUUUCACAACUGGUUUGUUGUCUGUUUAAACAUAACCGCCAAAGACGUCUAAAAAAAAUAUCAUCAAAAACCACCAUCUACCCCAAAUCCUUCUGCCACAAAUGACACAGGACCACAGAAUAAGGAGGAAAGGGCUUGGUCCCAGCUUUAUUAAUUAAAUCAACUGUAAACAUAAACCAUUUUAAAGUUGAACAACUGUCGGCUAGAGGGCAUUGGCCUCCAGGCAGGUUUUUUUUCUCAAUCUGGCUUCUCUGCUGUCCAGAACCGGAAGAGAGGAGAAGUAAAUUGCAACAUUUAUAAAAAAAAUUAAAUUUUUUUUACAUUAUCCAAUCCCCUGUCGCCUUGCUGGACUGUUAUAUAGGCAUGCAAGGCAGUCAUGGUCCAACUCACCGAAAUGGUGCAUUGUUCUUCCUUUUUCCUCUAGUUACCCAGCAUUCAUAUUAAACAUCUAAAAUAGCAUUCUACACUCCACCAGUCAAUCAUCAUACACUUUAAUUCUACAAGGUAAAAAUACAAAAUAUGACUGUGCACUACUGGUCAAGCGUUCCAUCUGGCCCUAUGCGAAACCUCAAAUAUUUGCUCCAAAUCUCAAGGUCUCUAGCAUCUGCAGUGAACUCUCACCAAACCAGUAAGUGACUCUGCCAAUACUGGGCAUAUUAAUCAAAGACUGUACCCAGCAGGGGUUUCCCGGACAUGUCAGUCCAGGUUUUUCUUAUUUAAACAGUAUUCAUAAAACUGCUGCCCAGAAACUGCUUUCUUUGCAGUUUUGGAUAUGGAACUAUUAGACUCUAUGAUAAAAACACACAGGCUCAGUUUCAUACAAUUAUAAGCAUUUGCUGCAGAUGCUGGCAUAUGUGCAUGGAGGCCUAAUCCACCAUAUUUUAACCUUUCACUUACUCUGUCCAUGUUUGGACAUAAAUUGAGUAAACAGCCUAGCUACGUCAUUGGGAAUUUCCAUUACUUAUCUAUUGUGUAAAAUGAAGAAAGUAGAACCAUCACAUUUUUGUCAAAGUUCACAGUUUUAGUAACACUUACACAGUUGUAAAAAAAACGUUCAUUCUACAGUAUUGCACUUAUUCCCUGAGAGGCUGACACUCCCUUUCUGGUACACAAAUACACAGCAUUGGACAGAUAAUGAAAAAGACUGGCAGGAAAUAAUGAAAAUUGUUAAUCUGUCUAUUUCUGGUGAAUGAUAAUUAGUGUUUUUAUAGUUGCUCACACCGUUAUCUAAGCUUGGAUCUAAAACUGUGACCAAUUUUAAUUACCAGUUGGUAAGAAUUAGCAGCCAUUAUUAUCGACAAGUUUCCAACCUGUGCCCCUUGCCUAAUGUCGUCAUGUUACCAGGGCCGGCCUUAGGGGUGUGCGAGCUGUGCGACCGCACAGGGCGCCAUGGAACAGGGGGCGCCCUGUGGCCGACACAGCUCACUCAUGGCCGGAGUGCAGGGGAGCUAAAAGAGGUACCUGGCUGGAGGAUUAAUUAUUCUCCACCCGGGUCUAUUUAAAAAAAAAAAAAAAAAUCGCGGCAGAGGGGGCGGGGUUUACCGAGCGGCGGAGGCGGGGCUUAUCGAGAGGCGGAGACGGGGCUAAUACCUCCCGAAGCCCCUGCUGUACAGGAAGAGGGAAAGAUGCUUCCCCAUCAGCCAACUGCAUCCACUGGAAAGAGGUAAGUGUGUGUGUGUGACUGUUUGCCUGUUUGUGUGACUGUCUGUCUGUGUGUGUGUGUGUGUGUGUGACUGUCUGUCUGUGUGACUGCCUGCCUGUGUGUGUGUGACUGUCUGUGUGACUGCCUGUCCUGUGUGUGUGUGUGUGUGUGUGACUGUCUGUCUCUGUGUGUGUGUGUGACUGUCUCUGUGUGUGACUGUCUCUGUGUGUGACUGUCUCUGUGUGUGACUGCCUGCCUGUGUGACUGUCUGUGUGUGUGACUGUCUGUGUGUGUGACUGCCUGUGUGUGUGACUGCCUGUAUGUGACUGCCUGCCUGUGUGUGUCUGUCUGUAACUAUCUGUCUGUGUGUGACUGCCUGCCUGUGUGUGUGACUUUCUAUCUGUGUGACUGCCUGCCUGUGUGUGUAUAACUGUCUAUGUGUGUGUUACUGUGUGUCUGUCUGUGUGUGUGACUGCCUAUGUGACUGUCUGUCUGUGUGUGUCGCUGUGCCAUUGUUUGUGCCUGUGCCUGUAUGUGUGACUGCCUUUAACUGAGUGUGUGUGUACAUGCCUGUAACGAGUUUAAAUUUCCCCCACCCCUUCCUGUCAAGGCCGCACUUUGACUGACAGACGCUCACUCACUGACAGACGCACACUCACUGACAGACACACACUCUCAUAUACACUGACAAACAAUGACAUACACACAUACACUAUUACUUGGACACACACUGACAGAUGCACACUCUCACUGACAGACGCAAGCACUCACUGAAAGAUGCACGACUCCACUGACCGACACAUACACACUGACUGACACACACUCACUGACCGACACACACUCACUGACCGACACAUACACACUCACUGACUUACACACUCACUGACUUACACACUCACUGACCGACACACACUCACUGACGACACAUACACACUCACUGACGACACAUACACACUCACUGACUGACACAUACACACUCACUGACUGACACAUAUACACUCACUGACCAACACACACAUUCACUCACAGACACACACACAUUCACUUACAGACACACACAAUUACACACUUACAGACACACACACACACACACACAUUCACUUCAAAAUAAACACUCACAGACACACACACAGACAUUUCCACUAACACUCACAAACUAAUAUUUUUUACAUUUAUUUUAAAUCCACCCAGCCUCCCUGGGAAAGCUGGAGUGGAUUUCUUACCAGCAGUCCAGUGUGGCUGCUGGGCAGGCAGGCAGGGGGCGCACAGGCUGAGUAAGCAGCGCUUAGUGAUGCCGGGAGCCGGACUGACGUCAUAUUCUGGCUCCCGGCUUCAUUAAGCGGCGCAGAGGAAGCUGAGCAGGAAGAGCUCAGGUGAGUAUGCUCCUUCGCUGCCCGCUGCCAGCCUUGGGGGGGCUCAAAAGUGGCCAGCCGGUCAGCUCUUGAGCCCCCCAGGAUGCGAGGCAAGCAAGGGAUCUGCCUGGGGGUUUGGAGGGAUGCUUUUUUUUGCCGCCCCCUGCAAAGUGGCGCCCAAGGCAGAUGCCUUGUUUGCCUCGUGAUACACACGUCCCCGGUGCCUGUGUGUGUUACUGUAUUCAGGCAACUUGGUGGGAGGUGGGGGGGGCGCCGUGAAGACUUUUUGCACAGGGCGCCUAAUUGCCUAAGGCCGGCCCUGCAUGUUACUAACAUCUACUGCAAAUGAAAACGAUAGCCACAUAUAGGGUUAUGCACAAAAAUUCUGAUGACCCCCUUAUCGGACUGGGGCAAAACCAUCCUGCUGCAUACCGGGACAAUCACACCAAAACAAUGUCCGGAUUUUCAAUCCAGGCUCCAAAUAAGCUUCGAUUAGGUCUGCAUUUCAGCUGGACUGAACACCAUAAGAGGCUGAAAGGUUGGUGCAUAUCUACUAAAUAUUUAAAACUAGCAAUUAGGUAGCCAUUGCUGCCCAAUUGGUAGAAAGGUUGUAUUGGGUUGGGAACUUUAGAUUAAAUAAUGAGGGUGGAUAGAUCACUGUCUAUCCCCUGUCUCCACCCAUGGCCAGCAGGUGGGGACAACUUACUAAAUAGUUGGGACCUAAUGUCCCCACACCCUACCCAUGGUGGGGGCUAUUAUAAGAAUGAGAGAGACCUACUAAACUUAGUUUAUGGGGGCACCUAAUGUCCUUACCCUCGCCUACACCCAUUAGCUGCAGGGGAUGCUCUAAAUAAUUAUACAAGUUGUGUUGAAAAUGCAGCAGUUGGGACAUAUCUUCUGCACAUUUAAAACUAGUGACUGGGCAGCCAUUGAUGUCUAGAUGCUAGAAAGGGAAUGGGGCCUGUAAAAUAAUGGAAGGGACAUAGUCAGCCCCCCUCCCCCUCUCUUUGUCACCAACAAACAAAACUGUCCAGUUCCUGAUUUGAAAUAUUUUUUGCAGACCCAAACUGCCUCAUGCGGCAUAUUUUUUCAGUGUUUAAAUGUUAUUUAAAUUCCUUCCAUGUUCUUGUUGUAUUUAAUUUUUUUUUUUUUUUUUUUUUAAUAUGAGGGCCAUGGGCCUCUGCGUUGUACUUGCUCCUUGGGUCAAAAGUUGCCAAACAGCUCCUGAUUAAAGUUUACUCAUAUUGCAAAAACAGGCAACUUUUACUUAUCCAGAAACACAAUCCUACAGAGCUUAAUUGUCUGAACAUGUGAAUUUUAAAUUAUCAACAGCUUUUCUGCAUAAACAAAUGACCAUUAUUAAUUAUAUAGCAGUUUGACAGUUUGCACACACAUUGUAUUUGUUAUCAUUGUUUAUGGUCUGAAAAUGAAUGCUAUGCACAUUACACUGUCAGUAGGCCUAUAUAAGCCCAGGCUUGGUUUAUGUCAAGUUUGGGUAUAUAGGUCUAAAAUAUGAAAUCCUCCUACUAACGCUGCUCAUAUAAGGUUUUAUUUUCAUUGUACAUUGAACAUAUAUGAUUAUUUGUGUGACUGUGUAUGCAACACAUUCUAUGAAAAUUCAUCUAACUCCCCCAUCUUCCUUUAUGUACCCCAUUUAUUUGUUUAAAAAUGCAAAAUAGAAACCGUUACAAAAAAAAAUAAUGGCAUUUUCUAGUCAGUUGGAGACAAUUUGCAGAAUAACCCUGAUCAUGUCAUCAAAUUACAAUAAUUACUUGUAUAGCUCCACAUAUUACACAGUGCUGUGCAAUAGGUAAACAAAACAAAUAUUUAAUGCUAACAAGACAUCAUGUAUAUCAUACAAGAACCGUAGGUGAAGAGGGCCCAGCCAAAACAAGCUUACAAGCUAAAGAAGUUGCAAUAUUUCCAAAAGAGAAAAUAUUACUUUCAGGAGUAAAAAUGAUGCCAUGAGGAGGGUUAAUGCCAUGUAAAUGACAAAUUCAAAGUAUUAAUCAAAACAUUUCAUUAAAAACAGAGAGAGAGCGCAGGUAACUUUUUCUUUUCUUUGGUUUUUACUAUAUAUUGGGGCUGAUGUGUACUGUAGUCAUUGCUGCCGGCCCAGUAGUGAUGGGAGUGAGCGCAGGGCUUAUCUUUUUGUAUUUGUAUUUACUUUGUAUCACACAGCCUUGUUACAAUGCUGCCGCCCAUCCCAUGUGUUCCCUAUUAAGGGUUAAUAAGUAUAUAGGGGUGUAUAUAAAAAAUAAUCCUCUCUGUCUCAUUAGAGAUAUCUUUGCCAGAAGCUCAAGGAAGCAAGGUGAAGGGUCAGUGUUAGGACCUGCUUAGGGGGGUCUGCCUUGACGUUGGCAGGCGGGCAUUCCCUCCAAUGGCCAUUGGAGCAACUAAAUGACCUCAAUUUGUCUAAAUAUACAUAGGGAUUAAGGAGAGAGCGCAGGUAACUUUUUCUUUUCUUUGAUUUUUACUAUAUAUUGGGGCUGAUGUGUACUUUAGUCAUUGCUGUCAGCCCAGUAGUGAUGGGAGUGGGCGCAGGACUUCUCUUUUUGUAUUUCAUUAUAUAGUUACAGUGGUGUUUUCUUUCCACAGAUUGCUCCGGUCACUGAUAGCUUGCCACAAAGAUUGUUGAGAAACUUGGAACAACAAGACAAUGAUUAUUUCUACACCCAUGGGCAAAUCAAAUGUCGAGUAUGUCCUGCAGGUAAAUUAUGGCAACAUGGUUAUUAAGGUCAGAAGGCUGUGGCCAGUGUAUAGAUGGGAAAGGUGAAGCAGGAGACAAGAAUAGUUAACCUGUAGAUAUGGGCAAUGCAUGAGUACAUCUAUUCCUAUAAAUGUGCAUUUUCGUGAUUUGUACCAAUCACAACAACGUAACGGAGCCGCGGCCAAUAACCUAAAAAAUGGCUGCAGCGCUAUUAAAGAGACAGUACCUGAAAUAAAAAAUUCCUGUAUAAUGGGGACCUAAUGUCUACACGUUUCGUCUCUUGAUGGUGCACAGAUCUCAGUGCACAGAUUGGUGUGCCCCCUGCGCCCCGCAUCUUGCUGCACUAGCAGGAUAAGGCUGCUUUGAUCAAUGAGCCCUUUGCAGCAUAGGAGGUAGUGGCAUCCUCCCUGGCAGUCCGGUACUGGGGACUGUGGGUUGAGCUCUCUGUUCACUUGAUCCUCCUGGAAAAACUCGAUAUCGCAGGAUCAGUAGUCCUAAAAUAAAAAAUGUAUCCGGAUUCGUGCCCACAGAGGGUUCCAUGAGUAAGAUCUCCUGUGUCUAGACUUUGGGAUUUAGUGAACAGUUAUUGGUCCACAUCUUUCGAUAGCAUUCAUAGAUGGUAUAUGUUUUUAUUGUCCCUGCUAUUUAUUAUUUAGUAUAUCUGCCCUUCUCUGCAUUGAUUGAUAUUAUGCAGAGGUUUAUGUUACAGUUUAUAGUGGGCUUAUUGUGCUGGGACUGAUACAUUCUUAUUUUACAUCUGUGAUUUGCUACUUUAUUAUAGUUUACACCCUCCCAUAACUGGAGAUUACCUAUAUCUAUAUUAGCAAUGCAUUUGAGACUUAAUUUUUAUUGUUCCUGCUUAGAUUGUUUAUAUAAUAAAACUUUUAUAAUAUUUUUUCGAGUGCAGACACGCUUUAAAUUUAUUACACAGAAUAAUGACAUGCCGUACAGGGUUUGAUUCAUUCAAAUGAAAUUCCGAUCUGAACAAAGUCCUGAAUUGCAUCCUAACUCAAAUUGAGAAACUAUUCUCAUUUUGAUAGGACGCAAUUCGGUAGUUUCGCCAGCGUUCUGUCUAAAUGACAGGAUGUUAGGGAAAAGUGAAAGGAGGCUUCGCGGGAACACGGAGGAAAGGUGAGAAUUGUGGGAAAAUUGCUCUGACCAGCGGAAAUGAAGCACUUUGCUCCUCCGUUAGUCAGAGAUGGUCAGGUGUAGGAAACCUCCAUAAGACAAGUAGUCCCUACUUUGUCUUAUGUUUUAAAGAAAACUAGAGCAGACAGGAAGAAAUGAAGAGCAGAUAGGGAGAGAAGAGCAAUCGAUUAAAGAAAGGUAAGUUCGGCAGACAGUGCCGCUUUAAGUAGAGAUGAUAGGUACACAGAGUUUCCAGAUUAAUGGUACAAAUAGCAGAGAGACAACAAAUGGCAAUUGCCAAGAUAUCAUUGUUCUAGUGCAGGAAGGAAGUUCAAAUAUCUAUGCUGCUGCUUUAAUUGUGUAUAAGAACAAUGAAUUUGAGGGGACAUGGAAAAAUAAAAAAUCAGUCAUAUGUCAUUUGUGGAAUUCCAAUGUGCUGACACAAUUUCUAUCUACUAUCUACUGUCUAAUCCCCCCGUCACAUGCACCUGUCUAUUCUUAUUUGCAUACUUCAGUACAGUCACUAGCUUAUCAGUCCCCAUACACCUUCAUGUUCUUAUUCUUGUAUGUCUGUACUGUUAUUAGUGUGUCUACUCACAUACAUAUUCAAAUUGGAUGAAGAACAUGCUAUCACAACCUACAAGGGCUUAUUAGAAGACCAGCUGACAUGUAAAAUAGGAAGUUUAAGCUGUAAUCAGCGGUCACUAUGGCUGAGCCUCCACUGAUGCACCCUAUAUAUGAAUGUCAUAAAUGGCUGCAAUAUUUUAUAUGGUCGUACACUACUCCUGCUGUCUAGUCAAUGCUUGUGGACUUGUGGGUUCCAUGGAAUGGCAUUCCACGUGUGCCAAGCAGCAGUGUUCUGUGUGUAUUAUACCCAAACAUCUUCCUGUUUUUACUUCCAUUCCAAGUCAGUAUGUGCCUGUUCCCAAAUCAUACAACUGCCUAUUGUUAUUCCCAUACUUCAAUAGAGUCAGCAGUGUGCCCAUCUCCAUGAACCUGCCCGUUCUAUUCCCAAUACCUCUGUACAGCCAAGUUAACAACAAAUCUGUCUUUUUUUUUUUUUAUUCUCCUGCUUCUGAUAGAGGUACAAAACCCAAAACUGCCACCCUUGUAAAUUUUACUUUGCAGGUUUCCACGUGGAAGAGCACUGUACUAUCCCAAACAGUAACAGUACCUGUGAGCCAUGUGAAGAAGGCUCUUAUAGUGAGGGGCCAACUGGCUUGAUGAAUUGCCACACCUGCACACAUUGCCGGACAGGUAAAUACUUUCUCAGGAUUAUUCAUAUAGUAAGAAUGUAUAGAUUUUCAGCUAAGAAUGUCAGAUUUAAGGCAAAAAUAGCCAAACUGGAAAAUUUUGCUUAAAUUGGAAAUUCACUUUGAACUAUUCUCCUUUUAGUGAAUAACUCUGUCUGUGUAAUUUAAUGUUCGUAUAGAGUGCCAGCUUGUUCCAUAGAGCUGUACAAUGGGAAGAUUGUAUUAUUAGAUGUGUAGAAUGUCCCCUCUGAAUUAUUGUAUAAAAGUGCUGAUUUCAAGAGGGGAAAACAAAAGCUACUCGCAUUUAAUUCAGCGGUGAGACCAUCUUCUCGCCCAACACAUAAAACCUGUAAUGUUUUAGGGAUUUGGAGGGCUACUUUUAAAAGAACAUUUCACACCCCUAAAGCACCUUAGCUUGCUGAAAUGCUUUAUGUGUGAAGCUUGUCUUCUUUUUAGUAUUUUAGAAAUAGUGCAGAUUUUAAUAGAAAUUUACACCUUUAUAAAUUUACCUGGUUACACCCUCCUGGUUUUCAAGCAGACAACAGGUCCUUUUACUUUGUGGUUUGGUUAGCUCAGUGGAGAAAGACUCAAAAGGUAGCAAUUUCCCAGAACACCUUCCUUGCAAAGGCUUCUCGUUGAGCUUCAUUGGGAAGUCUGUGAUUGGACAGCCACAGAAGAGGAGAGCUUGCAAAAGCCACAGACAAAGGAACUGCAGGGUUUGCAAAAACUCUUUUUAGAUAUAGCAACAAUGGAAAAAAUGCAUGAUUAAAUGCAUGCAUGUUUUCAUUGGGGGUAUAUUUACUAAACAGUGAUGUUUUAAUAUUAAAGUACCCUGAGAUAAGAGAGUAAAAUAAUAAAAAUGUACUUUUUUGGUCCUAGCAGACGGUUAGUGACACACAUAAUACCAUGAUACUGCACAUCCAUCACCCCACACAAGGUGACAGAGAACACUCAAGCGCACCUUUGUUGAAAAGGGUGACAGGAAAAAGUGAUUCAUUUAUAAUCUUUGCACAAAGUAAGGGUACAAGUGAUGAGGUUGGAAUAUUGAAUGAAAACGAAGUGAGGAAGCUGUUACCGUAGUAUAAAACAUGAACGUGGAAUAGGGUUAAGAGAAUAAAAGAAUGGUAAAGCUGGCAGUGCUAUUGAGAUGAAAUGCAGAAGUGAGUGAUGGAGACCAGUGAGAGCUUGUGUUGAAAGGCUAGAAAGCGACGAGUGGACACUGUACAUUUAUAUAAUCACUCAAUAUUCCCUCAUACUUUCAGAUCAAGAGGAGGUGUCUGCAUGCACUAAUAAGAAGAACACGGUUUGUCGGUGUACAAGUGGAAAAUACUGUCUACCAGAUAACCCAUGUGAAAUCUGCCACAAAUGUUCUACCAGGUAAGGAUGUCAGUUUAGAAGAGUAACUGGUGGACAGACAUUCAGGGAAAUGCAUCUCUGUAAGUAGUAAAACACGAUACUAUAAACAAGACCUGCACUACUAGACUGACCUCAAAUUUACUUGCUGCUGCAACACUGGAGGAUUCAUGGCAUACACUAGGGGUGAAUUUGUAAUUGGCAGGGCUACGUUUGCACUUAACACAAACCAAAAAAGUGUAAAGCGCUUACGAGUACAAAUCUACACAUUUACAGCAGCACUCGCCAAAAGCGACAAACAAAUUACACACAAAGUUAGUAUAUCAAUAAACAGCGUGCUUAAAUUGUGUAAAACAUAGAAACUUCAAAUGUUGUUCUGUAAAUAAUCAAAUAAACACAUAUCGUGCAGACCAUCUGGGUAAGCUUAUCUAUGCACACAAUAUAAAGUGCAAGGAGUGUCUGGGAUUAAACUCACAUUUACCAGAGCCUGAUCACUAGACAUGUGCAAUUCGUUUCAUUCCAAAUGUCAAUUCGGAUGAAUUUCGGGCAAUUCGGACAUUCGGAUACUUCGGUUACUAAGCACAGUAUUGCCGAAGUACUAAUAUACCUACCCAGUGGAAGAAUGUUACACUGUAUACAAGUUUAAAUAAAACGUAUACAAACAUAGUGAGGAUUCUGCUGUAAGCAUUUGCAACACUUACAACAAUCAAAUAACAUACAUUCAAAUAAAAUGUAAGUUACUUAGCCAGUCAAUGGAAUGACAGGAAUGAAUAAGUAGAUAACUCCCUAAUUCCCACGGUAUUAGAGAGCUAUCUACUAAAAGGCUGAAAGACCUAAAUUGGUCUUUUAGCCAAAUUUACUAAUACUAAGUAAAAAUAACUUAGUAUUAGUAAAUUAUGCCCCUACUCACUAUACCGCGAGUAAGGGCAUGUCUAGUAAACAGUGAGCAGCUCACUGUAAAAAACAAAAAACCGACGGAGGGUGGGGGCCCUAAAGAAGAAUAAAGGGGGGGACCUAUUGUCAUCCUCUCCUGGCACCCACCCCUGUGCGGCUGUGGGGGCCCUAAAGAAAAAUAAGGGGGGGGGACCUAUUGUCCUUCCCUCCCGGCCCCCAUCCCUGAGCGGCGGGUGGGGGCCCUAAAUAAAAAUGUAACCCCCUGGUGACUAGGGGUCCCCAAACCCCUAGUCACCCCUUCCAAAAAAAUUAACCCCUACUUACCCCCCUCAUCCUACAAGUAGUGAGGGGGGACACCAAUAACUAGAUACCUGUAAAAAUAAUAAUAAAUAAAUAAACUUGCCAUUUGAUGUUUUCUUUCUUCUAAAAUCUUCUUUUUUCAGCCCAAAAAAAGGCCAAAUAAAAAUCCAUAAUAACCGCCUCACUUUGAAAAGAAAAAAAAAUCCAGAGCGCAAAAAAAUAAUCCAUCUUCACCCAGCAAGGGCUCCGCGCAGACUGAGCUCUGCAGGGCGGGGGAAGGCUUAUAAAGCCUUGCCCAGCCCUGCAAUUGGGCUCAGAGCAUUCUGGUUGGUUGGUUUAAGCCAUCCAAUCAGAGUGCUCUGACAGGUAAAUGAAGAGACUAACAGGUAAGUCUCUACAUUUACCUGUCACAGCACUCUGGUUAGCUUGAAAUCCAGCCAAUCAGAGUGCUCUGUGUCAUUUUACACAGCAUGGGAAAGUUCUUUGGAAUUUUCCCACGCUGUGUAAUUUGACUCAUAAUGCUCUGAUUGAUUACUUUGUGCUCUGUUUGUUUGUUUUUUUUUUUUUUUAAAGUGCAACGGUGUUUAUGGAUUUUUAUUUGGUCUUUUUGGGGGAUGAAAAACAAAGAUUUUAGAAGAAAGAAGACAUCAAAUGGUAAGUUCUUUUUUUAUUUAUUAUAUUUUUUACAGGUAUCUAGUUAAAGGACCACUCUAGGCACCCAGACCACUUCAGCAAUGAAGUGGUCUGGGUGCCAGGUCCACUAGGGUUAACCCAUUUUUUCAUAAACAUAGCAGUUUCAGAGAAACUGCUAUGUUUAUGAAUGGGUUAAGCCUUCCCCUAUUUCUCUAGUGGCUGUCUCAUUGACAGCCACUAGAGGCGCUUGCGUGCUUCUCACUGUGAUUUUCACAGUGAGAGCACGCAGCGUCCAUAGGAAAGCAUUAUGAAUGCUUUCCUAUGUGAGCUGGAAUCACGUGCAGCUCUUGCGGCGUGCGCAUUCAGCUGACGGGGAGGAGAAGAGGAGGAUCGGAGGAGGAGAGCUCCCCGCUCAGCGCUGGAAAAAGGUAAGUUUUAACCCCUUUUCCCCUUCCAGAGCCGGGCGGGAGGGGGACCCUGAGGGUGGGGGCACCCUCAGGGCACUAUAGUGCCAGGAAAACGAGUGUUUUCCUGGCACUAUAGUGGUCCUUUAAUAGUCCCCCCCUCAUUAUUUUUAGGGUGAGGAGGGUAGGUAGGGGUUAAUUUUUUUUUAAUCUGGUCCAACCUUGCCUACUCCAGCUUACUAAAUCUUGUCCAUCAUUCCCAUAUUCAACUUACUGGAUGUGGCGUGGCAUCUUCUCUACCAUUCAGUUCAGCAUCCUCUUCUUAAGAAAAACAGAAUUAAAUCCCCUCUUCACCCCAAGUGAAUUGUUGUGGAUUGUCAGUGGAGGCUUAUUCACAGGGGCAAGUGGGGCAUCGUGAUCCAUUUAAAAAAAAAAAAUUGUGCAGAAUUUUUUUUUCAAAUCUAUUGGCAUUAUAAGGACUACUGAUAAGUGAAUGUAUCUGUCAUGAUUAUAACUACAGGUUUCAUUCUCCCCUUUAUUGAUGACUGGAGAUGCAGUUGGUUUUGAGCAGGGCAUGGCAUCUCAUUAGGUUAAAUGAGUAGAGACCAACAAGUCACGGGGGCACUGCCCCACCAUCUUUAAACUUCACCAGCCUCCUCCGGAUUUACUAGUAGGAAAGUAAAGAAUAGUGUAUCUAGAUCUCUCUUCUAGAUGGUCACUGUCUCUGUUGAUAAUUCUGUAAAAGGACACAGGGAGCCACACUUAUUAUACCUGGGAAGGUGGACAGAAGGUCAAUUGCCCCCUAGGCAUCUUGUAUACAAAACAACAGGGUAUGUGAGCAGCAGCCUCAGAGAACCCCUUUCUUCUGAAUAAAAGUAACUUGAGGUAUGUCACCAAUGACGUAGUCAAACAGAUCUGUAAAGGCCACGUGCCUAAUAAUGAUAUCCAUGAUAUACAUAUGACUAUUAUUCUAUGUUUUGUUGCAAUGCAUUAACUUGGCUCUCCAUAAGUUAAAUUAAUUAUCCAGACAUAGACCCCAUGCUCACUGUUCCUAGAGGGGUAUCAGCUACACCUCGCUGACAGGCCCCACAGAAGGCCGAAAUUAUAAUCGUCUGGGAUUGCUGUAUCUCUCAUGCAGAGAGAACUUGUUGGCAUUUCAGAUCUGGACUGCUGUUAUGGGUGGGAUCAGUCUGAUGUGGAAUCCAUAAUGGCACAAGUGAGCAAAAACCAUUUUGAAACUUCAGCGAGUUUAGCAAAGGGCAAGCUAUUGUUUCUCAAAGUUCUUUGUUUUUGUUGCUAUACACAGCACUAUACUAAACUUGGUAUGAGAGUUCAGGACGCUGCUACAUAUAAUUCAUUGAUGACACUUAUUCUGUAUUACAAUAUUUUUUACUAUAAUUCCUUUCUCUUUCAGUUGCCCAGAGGGAGAAGUUGUGAAGCAUCCUUGUAAUGCAACAGCUGACAUCCAAUGCAGUCAACCUUCCAUUCGUAACAGACUAUGGAGUACGUAUUUCAUAUUUACAACUGUAUUACUGUAUUACAUUAACCCGAGGAUUAGCCUGCCAGACAUGAAGCUGGCAAGAGGAGCAAGGGGCACCUCCCUACCCCUUCCAUCCCGGGCCACUAAUAAAGGAUUGCUGGCAAAGGAGUUGUGAGCUGCAGCUUAAAACCAUUCUUCUUUAUAUGUAAAAUAGCAGGAGGUGUGUUGGCAUGUCUGUUUGCACGGAUGUGCAGGUAUAAGGCAGCCGACAGGAAUUGUGCAGGGCCUGGAUUGGUCCACAGGAUAUUUCUUGGUGAGUUGCAAUAUUUGAAACAUGUGGUCUCUAGCGCCCUUGGCGACCCCCCCACCUCCCCACUCGUUUGUCCAUCUGCAUUUUCCAGGCAGGGUAAGGUAUAGCUGCACACUCCCUGCACACUUGCUACUACUCCUCUUCCAUCCAUGUCUCUCUCCCACCCUUCAUUGUCUUGUUCCCCGGUCCAUCCAUGUCUCUUCUUCCCUCCCUUCCAUGUCUCUUCUUCCCUCCCUUCCAUGUCUCUGUUCCCCACCCUUCCAUGUCUCUGUUCCCCACCCUUCCAUGUCUCUGUUCCCCACCCUUCCAUGUCUCUGUUCCCCACCCUUCCAUGUCUCUGUUCCCCUCCCUUCCAUGUCUCUGUUCCCCUCCCUUCCAUGUCCCUGUUCCCCUCCCUUCCAUGUCUCUCCCCUUUUCCAUUCAUCUCCCUCAUACAUUCAUUCAUAUCUUUCCAACCCCAUGUCUCCUUGCCCCCUUUCAUGCAUACCUUCCUAACCCUUGCAUCUAUAUUUCUCAAACCCCAUGUCUCCUCCCUCCUUCCAUUCAUUCAUACCUCCCUACCAAUCAUCCAUGUCUCUACUCCCAUGUCUCCCUCUUCCCUUCCAUCCAUCUCUCUUCCCCAUGUCUCCCUACACCUUCCAUCCAUAUCUCUUCCCUCAUGUCUCCCUUCCCUUUCCACAUAUCUCCCUAACUUGCCCAUCCAUAUCUCUCCCUCAUGUCUUCUCCCUAUUCCAUCCAUACCUUCCAUUUAUACCUCCCUACCACUGCCAUCCAUAGCACUUCCCCAUGUCUCCAUACCCCCUUCCAUCCAUACCUCCCUACCCAUUUUAUCCAUAUCUCUUACCCCAUCAUCCAUACCUACCUACCAUUCCUUCUAUACCUAUGUCCCCAUUUCUCCCUACCCCCUUUCACCCACACCUCCUUACCCAUUUCAUCGAUACCUCCCCCCAUGUUUCCCUCCCUCCUUCCAUACCUUCCUACCCCUACCAGCCAUAUCUCUCUACUUCCAUCCAUACCCCUUUGAUACGCCAAUAUCCCUUCCAUCCAUAUCUCUCCCCCUCAUAUCUCCUUACUCCUUCUAUCCAUACCUCCCUACCCAAAGGCGCAACUAAAAACCACAGGGCCCCAGUGCUAAAAUUGCCUGGGGCCCCCCACCCAUGCAUCUUCCCUCUCCUCCCCCUCCACUACUCCUAUAUUUGUAUAAUAUAACACAUACAGAUACAUACACGGACACACAUGCUAAUACACAGACACACAGAAUGAUACACAUUCAGAUACAAACACUGAUACUCAUAUAGAUGCAAACAGUGACACACAUACAGAUACACAUGCAGACGAACAGAUACACAUACAGUGAGGGAAAACAGAAUUUGAGCCACUCCUAUUUUUGAAUGUUGGCCCACUGAGAAAGAAAUGAUGGUAGGUGUACAUUAUUCUUUGGUCUGUGGUAAUAAUUCUUGUAUUGUGGUUUUUUUUUUUCAGGAUGUAUCACUAUAGUCUCCGCCAUCUUGUUCGUUAUCAUUGGCGUUUUUGCUGGCUACCGGGUUUUAGGUGAGAAAAUAAUACUUGGCAGACUUCUGGAUUGGGGUUGUUAUCUAGAUAUUAAUACAGUGAGUAGUGAUAGAUGACUGUGUGAUUAAAAGUAAUAAUAAUUAGCUGGGAUUUCACAGGGAUACACUAAAUGUAUUAAGUAUAUAAGUGGUCAUGUCGGCGCAAGGCUAGCAGACCUCAUCCAUUACAUUUUUUUUUCCAUGCUGAUGUUUCACUAGUAGAAAAAGAUGCAGCAUGUUAUAUGACUGAACUAUAAAUUCCAUGAUCCUUUGCUAUUCUAAAUAUAUACCUCAGUUCCUUUUUAGAAGCUAUGUUACUUAAAAAGCAAGCUGUAAUAGUUUGUUGGUUUAUUCAAUUCAUUAAAAUAUGAAAAGGUGAAUUUCCUACACCAUCCCUACUGCAAUCCUCUACAAUUGAACGCUACAGCUUUAAGGUACAAAUUUUGAACUCAGAAAAUGCCCCAUCGGAUUUCUUUCACCUUUGCCACUAGAUUACUUCUUUAUAAUAAUGUUUUCGUUGUUAUCUAUAAUGUAUUACUGGAGUAUCUUGUACUUGCAGCCACAUGCAUUAAUUAAUAAUCUGGCUGUUGGGAUUUGAUUCGCAAAAUUCUAAAUUGUAAACCACAACUGUUUCUUGUCCCGUCCCACUCCUCCCCCCAUGCUUGCCACUCCUAGCAGUAAAUACCUUGAUAUAACGGUUUAUCUCUACUCCCUCUCUAGGCCCAUUUUCCACAUCAUCCCUACUGCAAGCCUCUACAAUUCUACUCGGCUCAACCCGCCCACCCAGGUUCCCCCUAAAUUUAUAGCAUGCUCCUCCAGCUGUUUAAAAUUAUCACUCACUUACCUCUUCAUUCCCUCUAUAUUCUACCAAUAUCUGCAACUCUCUAUUUCCUUAUUUAGCCAUUACUCCCAAAUUUUCCCUGCUACCUCUUGUCUCAAAUCCCCACGGUAUCCUUUAGAUUGUACCUCACGGGCUAUCUACCUAUGCACUUUGUAUAAAAGAGCUUAAAUGGCUAGAUUUCAGCUUACGGGCAGGGCCCUCUCUACCUUUUGUAUUUGCGUGUGUAUAUUGUAUGUUCUCCACUAAUUGUACAGUGCUGCGGAAUCUGUUGGCGCUUUAUAAAAACCAGUUAUAAUAAUAAUAAUUACUGGAGACUAUUCUCUGUAAACAAAGCACCCAUGUCCAGUCACCUAUACACAUAUUUGCCCAGGUGUAGUUAUAAGAUAGUUGGAGAAGUACCUGUGACUUUCCCAGUUAUAGAAUGAAUGGAUUACACUGUGAUCACUACACAAGAGAACGAACGUUGCUGGUUAAGAGGUGCAUUAAAGAAAUAGUUGUGCCUCACUUUAAGUUCAGUUCAUAGUCUGUUACAUAUGAACAUAGCAUUUAGUAGCAGACAAGUGGAUGGCAUUAGUUUAUUUGCAUCUAUGUAUUUAUGAUCACUGAACACUAGGAUAUCCUAGCCAGCUUUGGGAUUAGGAAUUUACCAUUUUCCUAGGUAUCAGCAUUUAUGUUCCUACUAGGAAGAGUAAGUUCUAAGAAAGAGAUAUCUGACCCAUCGGGUAUGAUAAUUAGUUAAAAUUGUCACAUUGGUCCUGUUUUCCUGGACAGUUGUAAGAUCCCUAAACUUUCAGGACUUACAUGAACAAGUAGAAUCCGUACUAUAAUGUAAUCUCUAAUCAGUCCAAUAGAAAAAAAAUCACCAUUUUAAAUGUUUUAAAGGUUCCUCUGAGCACCAUGACUUGUUAAGCGCCUGGCAUCUGUAUGUGCAUCAUUUUGCUUUAAAACGUACUGAGAUUAAUGCCUACACUGCUGUAGAUGUAACUCAAACCUCUGGCAGCAUCAUUACCCAGCUCAAAACAAUGUUCCUGGCAUCAGACGCCAUGAACAGGCAGCCUGCCCACCCGCCCUUGUUCUACACUCAGUCAGUCCUCCCUUGCCCACUGGGGAUGGUGAGUGACAUCAGGCAAGGAGGAUCGGGCUGAGGGAGAACUUUGGUGAGGAAAAAAGAGGCAAGGUUUAAAUUUGUGGUUUUUUUUUAAAUGUUUGGGCAGAGACCAGCACAAAGGGCUUACUACAACCAAAGAAUUUUUUUUUUUUUUGGAGUAAUCGAUAAUGAUUCACAUUCUUCUGAGUUAAUAUUGUGAUAUAUUAAACUUGUAGCAAUUAAACAUUACAUUCAAUUCUGUUCACCUAUUUUGGAGGAUCAAAGCAUUCAAAAUACAAUAUAUUAUUUAAACAAUUAAAUGAGCUUGAAUCUUCUAUAGCAUAUAAAAAUGUAAUGGACAAUGCCAGUGGGACCAAAAUAUGGAAUGUUUCUAUUUAACUAUUUUUUUUCUUUUAUAGAAAAACGAUGGAGUAGAACAGUAAGUAAAACCAUCUAUGCUCUCAUGUCUCCAUGGGUUCAGUUGCAGAGAAUAGUCAAUGCCAUCAAUGUUUUGAGUUUUAAUACAAUUCACAUCUAUAAAUUAUUCAGUAAUCUCUAAAUCCCGUACAAAUGGAUUGGCUAUGGGCUUCCCUUGUCUAAAACAACUGCCAUAAGUUUUUCUUAGCUAUGUAUUAUGUUUCAUAUAAGGCCCCUUUGUGGGACCAUCCAGCAAUGAUUUUUAAAACAAAUAUAUUUUGAACAAUAGAAGCAUAAUCAGCAUUAUCCAUUGAGUAUCUGCAACAUUUGGGAACUGCAAUUGCACUUAUCAUAGCUGGUACUUGAGCAACCAAAAAAAGGGAGAUGUACAUUUUUAUAAUAUGUAUGACGUGUUAUAUAUGCUAAAAGUGCCAGAAAUGCAAACUGUGUUCUAGCUUUUAGUGCAUUGACUUUUUUACAAUCACAUCUACUGUAUAUGUUACACACUGUUUUAUAGACACGUAAACUCAGUCGUCUGCUUCCUUGCAAGGGAGGCACGGAUUCCCCAUUCAAUCAACGUUCACUUGUCACAUUGGAUUUCAAUCAAGAUCGGGAUAAAUCUUAUGGUAAGUGAACUGCUCCCUGUGGUAAGAUAACUAUAGCAGAUGAAACUGGUGGAUUGGUGUUUCCCAGGAUUUCCCACACUUCAGGUCCUGAGCUGAAUUCUCACUGAAGUCAACGGGCACCCAUCUCCAGACCAUUUUGUUAUCCUUAAGCUGUGAAUUAUAACUAGAGGGUCAGCGAAUCACCCCAGAGAGUAAUGGCUUACGCGCGGAUUUGUGGCACAAUGUGUCCCUUGAUAUUGUCUUCUACUCUGUGGUGACUUCUAGUAUUGGAUAUUUCCAUCAGUGAUUUAGACUUGUCUCUUGUUUUCUCAAGUCUGUUUCUAAAACCUGACUUUUCCUUUCUCUACAGCCAUGAGCAAUUCAUUUUACAUCUUUCAUGAAAAAGUCCCUUUUGAUAAUUGGAAGAAGUUCAUGAGAAGAUUGAAUUUAGAAGAAAAUAAGAUUCGAGAAGCAGAAUCCAAAGACCCUGGGAAUGCCAAAGAACAGCACUACAACAUGUUGAACUUUUGGUAUCAGAGCUCAUCGGGUAGUGUGAAUGAUUUACUGAAAGCACUCUCUGAUCUCAAAAUGCAUCAACAAUCUCUAGACAUCAUAGAUGAACUUUUGAAAGAAAAUCUCUUUGUGGUUGCACAAACUGUAUAACUAUGUAGAUAUUGUAUAUACUGUAUAUUUGUAAAUAGCAGUGUUUCUAUAAAUUAAUUUUAAAUAUAUUUUUUAAAUACCAAAAAAAAAAAUAAAAAAAAAUAAACAGUAUAC